AGCGUAGCCGCAUGUCAUGGCCUGCAGUGUCGCUAAAGCAGCUCCUGCUAAUGGCUUCCCAAUGAAGGCUCAGCUGCAGAUCAUGGUGAUUUCUGCCAAACUCAAGGAAAACAAGAAGAACUGGUUCGGUCCGAGUCCGUAUGUGGAGGUGUGUGUGGACGGCCAGUCCAAGAAGACAGAGAAAUGCAACAACACACACUCGCCCAAGUGGAAGCAGUCGUUCGCUGUGAUCGUGACUCCAUUCAGCAAGCUGAUCUUCCGUGUUUGGAGCCACCAGACGCUGAAAUCAGACCUUCUGCUGGGCGUGGCCACACUCGACAUCAGCGAGACGCUCAAGUCACAUGACAUGAAGAUCUGUGAGGUGGUGCAGACGCUACAGCUGUGCGACAGGGAUCAGUCUGACAGCAUCGGGGAUCUGUCCGUGUGUCUGGACGGCCUGCAGGUGGAUCCUGAAAUGUUCCAGUCAGCCGAGGCCAGCAACCAGAGUCAGUCGCUCAAUACUUUAAAUGGGGAAUCUGAGCUCAAUGAAGACUCUGGCCGAAGCAGAGAUCCAUCUCCUUCAGUGUCAGAGGGUCAGGAUCGGCCGGCGGCUCCUAACGGGCGAGUGAAUGGUCUGGAUUCUCCUUCCGUUUCUGCCAGAAGCUCUCGAGCUCAGAGACCCCCGCGGCCCUCGCGCCCUCCUCCACCGACCCCCCACAGACCCACAUCUUCUCCAGCUUCCUCUACCGGCUCAUUUCCAGAUGGCAGCGAUUCGUCUCGUUCAGACACUCCAGUUCGGAAUCCCACAGGGGGAGGAGCCUCAGAGUCUAUCCCCACCCCCACGGUGGAGCAGCCUGGUAGGACCGCUCUCAGUGUAGGCCCCGCCCCCAGCAGGAUCCCCAGCAUGGUCAAUGCUGGACCGCUGCCGCCCGGUUGGGAGCAGCGUGUGGAUCAGAACGGACGUCUGUACUUUGUUGAUCAUGUGGAGAAGAGGACGACAUGGGAGAGACCAGAACCACUGCCAUCAGGCUGGGAGCGGCGCGUGGACCCGAUGGGCCGGGUGUAUUUCGUGGAUCACAUCACCAGAACCACCACAUGGCAGCGGCCCACUAUGGAGACGGUGCGCAACUAUGAGCAGUGGCAGCACCAGCGCAGUCAGCUACAGGGGGCAAUGCAGCAGUUCAACCAGAGGUUCAUCAUCGGGCUACAGGAUCAGGCUUCAGCCACCCAGAAUAAGGAGUUUGAUCCGCUGGGUCCACUGCCGCACGGCUGGGAGAAGAGAACCGACUCCAAUGGCAGAGUUUAUUUUGUUCAUCACCCGACCAGAUCCACACAGUGGGAGGAUCCGCGAACUCAAGGUCUGCUCAAUGAGAAGCCUCUGCCUGAAGGAUGGGAGAUGAGGUUCACAGUCGAUGGCAUCCCUUACUUUGUAGAUCACAACCGCAGAACCACUACUUACAUCGACCCGCGCACUGGAAAAUCCUCCCUUGAGAACGGCCCUCAGAUCACAUACGUACGAGACUUCAAAGCCAAAGUUCAGUACUUCAGAUUCUGGUGUCAGCAAUUAUCGAUGCCGCAGCACAUAAAGAUCAACGUCAGCCGCAAAACUCUCUUUGAGGACUCAUUCCAGCAGAUCAUGAGUUUUAGCGCUCAGGAUCUGCGGCGCAGGCUCUGGAUCAUCUUUCCUGGAGAAGAAGGACUGGAUUAUGGAGGAGUGGCCAGAGAGUGGUUUUUCCUGCUGUCCCACGAGGUCUUGAACCCGAUGUACUGCCUGUUUGAAUACGCCGGGAAAGACAACUACUGUCUGCAGAUAAACCCCGCCUCCUACAUCAACCCCGACCACCUCAAAUACUUCAAGUUCAUUGGUCGCUUCAUCGCCAUGGCUUUGUUUCAUGGGAAGUUCAUCGACACAGGAUUUUCUCUGCCAUUUUACAAGCGCAUCCUGAACAAGCCGCUGACUCUGAAAGACCUGGAGUCCAUCGACCCGGAGUUUUACAACUCGCUCAUCUGGAUCAAGGAUAAUAACAUCGAGGAGUGCGGCCUGGAGAUGUUUUUCUCAGUGGAUAAGGAAAUUCUGGGUGAAGUGUCGACUCACGAGCUGAAGCCGGACGGAGGAAACAUUCAGGUCACAGAGGAGAAUAAGGAGGAGUAUAUCAGGCUGGUGGCGGAGUGGCGUCUGUCUCGCGGUGUAGAGGAACAAACUCAAGCUUUCUUCGAGGGAUUCAAUGAGGUUCUUCCACAGCAGUACCUGCAGUAUUUCGAUGCCAAAGAGCUGGAGGUGAUGUUGUGUGGGAUGCAGGAAAUCGACCUGAACGACUGGCAGAGGAACACCAUUUACCGACAUUACACCUCCUCCAGCAAACAGAUCAUGUGGUUCUGGCAGUUCAUUAAGGAGAUGGACAACGAGAAGCGCAUGAGACUCCUGCAGUUCGUCACGGGCACCUGCCGUCUGCCUGUCGGAGGAUUCGCAGACCUCAUGGGGAGUAAUGGACCACAGAAGUUCUGCAUCGAGAAAGUUGGCAAAGAGAACUGGCUUCCUCGGAGCCACACAUGCUUUAACCGUCUGGAUCUCCCCCCGUACCGAAGCUACGAGCAGCUGAAGGAGAAGCUGAUGUUCGCCAUUGAGGAGACCGAAGGCUUCGGCCAGGAGUGAUGGUCCAGCACAGGUGCAUCAUGGGAAACGGGGUUCUGCACUCACCUGUGUUCAUUUCGGAGGAUGUGUGUGUGUGUGUGUGUGUGUGUGCGUGUGUGUGUUUUCCACAGAUGCUCAGAGAGUCAGUGAUUGUGUGUGCGUGUGUGUGCGUGUGUGUGCGUGUGUGUGUGUGUGUGUGUUUCUGUUCACUGCCGUGCGACGGGUUUCCUCGUGCCUUCUUUCCUCACCGGCAUCAACAAAACACUCAAAUCUAAAGUGAUCUGUGAAUCUGCAGGACUGGAGGACUCAUUUACACUCAUCCACCAAUCACACGCUUCAUCUCCAAAUCACAAGAGGAAUCAAGAUGAUGUAUUUUGCAUAAAACUAAAGAUGUGCGAUCAUUUCAGUGCACAAAUUCCCAUAUUUUCCAGAAGUCUUGUUCGACAUUUUAAAAACAAAGAAUCAUAAUAAAAUAAUGUAAUGUUUGUUUAUUUUUUAAUGAUUUGACAAAUAAUUAUUCCUGCUAAUUGAUAGGAAAUAUAGGCAAUAAUUAUAAUAAUCAUGCAUAAUAAUAAUAACAACAACAAUAAUAAUUGAACCAGAGACCUUCUUCCUGUGAGGCAACAGUUCUAGCCACUGUGUUGCCUACCACAGCCAUUUCACCCUACAGCCCAUGACUGGUUACUCACUGAAGCUAAGCAUGGCUGAGCCUGGUCCAGUACCUGGAUGAGAGACCACAUGGGAAAACUAGGUUGCUCUUGGAAGUGGUGUUAGUUAGGCCAGCAGGGGGCGCUCAAGCUGUGGUCUGUGUGAGUCCUAAUGCCCCAGUAAACGUGAAGGGGACAAUAUAGUGUCAGUGAGUGCCGUCUUUCGGAUGAGACGUUAAACUGAGCUCCUGACUCUCUGUGGUCAUUAAAAAUCCCAUGGCACUUCUGGUAAAGAGUAGGUGUGUAACCCCAGUGUCCUGGCCAAAUUCCCUCCAUCGACCCUUAUUGAUCAUGGCCUCCCAAUCAUCCCCCAUACACUGAAUUGGUUCUAUCACUGUCUCUCCACUCCACCAAUAGCUGGUGUGUAGUGAAGCACUGGUGUUGUUGUCCUGUGGCUGCCGUCACAUCAUCCAAGUGGAUGCUGCACACUGGUGGUGGUGUGGAGAGACCCCCCUCAUGAUUGUGAAGUGCUUUUGGGUGUAUGGCCAUACACAAUAAAUGCGCUAUAUAAAUACACAUUACAUAACAAAUUUGAUUUAUUAUUUGGAAAAAAUAGGUGGCAACAAUAAUAAUAAUGAUAAUAAUCAUGUAUAAAAAUAACAAUUUGUCAAUUCAUAGUUAUUAUAAACAAUGAUAAAAAUUAAGUUUUGUGUAAUUCUUUUGUCAAACUGGCAAAAAACUUAGAUUAUUAUUGUUAUUUUCACAAACUUGCCUCUUUAUAUACUGUAUUUUAUUUAUUUGUUUAUUCUCAAGGUUUUGUUAUUGUAAAAUAAUCUUUUAUUACUUGAUUAUUACUUUUAAAUAAACAUUUACCAAAUUAAUAAUUCAUUAUUAAUAAAAAGUCAUUACUUUCUACAGGAAAAACAUAGUUUUAACAUAAUUGCCCACAGCUAUUCUCCACAUUUUGCUUCUAGAGUAUUUUAUAGUGACCUUGUCGUUUUAGUUGCUUUAAAAUUACACAUGUUACAUAUAACUAUUAAUACAAAUAUAUACAUACAUACAUACAUAC